ACCACAGGACAUAAAACCAUAAAACCUGCCCUGUCACACUUCAUUAAACAACAUUUAUCUGAAGAUGUCCACUCCGCAGCUGCUCAGGGCUUUCGUUAACGAGCGGCUGACAGCUGCUGCCGAGGAGAUAUUUGAUGUUUUUGAGCGGACCAUCGCAAAAUAUGAAGAGGAAGCUUGCAGCUCUCAGCAGGAGAUUGAGCGUCUCAGAGGGAUGCUGCUCGAUUUAGUUUCCAACCAGAAAACAGACAUCUCUCAGUCGUCGGUCUGUAAAGAGGAAACUCGCCCUGAGCAGCAGCAUCACUAUCAGCAGGAGUCGAGUCUCAGCGUCACUCAGAGGGAACCAGAACCCCGUCACGUUAAAGAGGAAGAUGAGGAACUAUGGGCCAAUCAGCAACAAGAAGAGCAGGUUCAGUUUAAGGAUACAGAUAUCCUGCACCUACCUCAUCCCUCUUCAUCAUGGAGACAAAAUGAGCGAGAAGACACAAAACAUCAGACUCAGGUCAGUGAAAGUGGGGAGCAGUUUGACGAGUUGCAGGAAACAGAAGAUGCACAUUUAAUGCUACCUCUGCCCUCACAGCUUCUGAUUCAAAAUGAAAGUGUCCAGGAUGGAAGAGAAAGGCUAAACCAAACACAGACAGAACAAAGUCAGAGUUGUGUUAUCUCUGAUUUAUCUCAUUUAAACUCAGCUGCACCCAGCUAUCACUGUUAUUUAUGUGACAAAUCCUUCUCUUCCAAUCCUCACUUGAUAAAUCACGCUUUCCGCGUGCAUUCAAAGGACACAGGUGUCCUCUGCGCUGUGUGCGGGAAGAACUUCGAGUCCACUGAAAGUCUUAGCGAGCACCUUAAAUCGCACAAGGGCUCAAAAUGUUGUCACGUGUGCGGUAAACAUUGCAACAGUACGACUGUUCUGACUGAGCAUAUGGCCAGCCACGCAGGGGUGAAACUGCACCGCUGCCACGUUUGCGGGAAAGAGUGCAGCCGGAAAGGGGAUUUAAAGAUACACAUGAGGAUCCACACGGGUGAGAAACCUUUCCGCUGCUCUCACUGCCUUAAAAGUUUCACCCACAGCGGACAUCUGAAGAAGCACAUGCGGAGCCACACAGGAGAGAGACCGCACCAGUGUGACGUCUGCGGCAGAGGGUUUCUACAGAAGGAACACCUGAAAUACCACUUAAGAACUCACGCUCGCAAAUUUUGA